GCUCUCGUGAGACACAGCGGCACACUUCAAUCCGCAACCGGUAGAGCAAUGUUCGGUACAAACGAACACGGAGCUAUUUUGAAACAGUCCAGACCAGGGAUGAAGAGGCCCAGGAGCCCCGCGCUGCUGGAGAAUGUCCUCCCGCCGAAGGGCGAGGAAGAGGAGGAGGAUGAAGAAGAGGAGCGAGCCGCCCCGGGGCGGAGGCCUAAGCGGGAGAGGAGACAGAGCAGUGUGACUCUGUGUGAGGUGUGUAACAUCCAGCUUAAUUCAUUGGCCCAGGCCCAGAUCCACUACAACGGCAAGACUCACCAAAGAAGGCUUCGCCAGUUCAAUCUCGCCAAGGCCUCCAACGCCACGCACACACACACAGGUACACUGUCCCAGGCCAACCCCCUCCUGGCCUCCCUAUCCCUUCCAGGACGGCCCCUCCAGGCCCAGCUGGACAUCAAGCACUUCCUGCCGCUCCACGUCAAUGCCUCCUCCCCCCUCAACCUCUUCCCCAACUUCAACAUGAUGGACCCGGUUCAGAAGGCAGUUAUCAACCACACGUUCGGUGUGGCACCGCCCAAGAGGAAACAGAUCAUCUCCUGCAACAUCUGUCACCUCCGCUUCAACUCCACCAACCAGGCUGAGGCUCACUACAAGGGCCACAAACACGCACGCAAGCUGAAAUCCAUGGAUGCCCAGAGGAACCGUCAGAGGGGCCAGGGCUCCAUGGCAGGGAGGGAGAGAGACAGGGAGAGGGGGAAGACUGGAGUGGCAAAGUCCCUACCAGCACUGAUGGACCCCAGCCUCACAGAAGGAACAGGCCUGUUCUCGUCUCCCCAGCCCCCCACCAGACUGAAGCUGGAUGACACCCUCCAGGGGGUCUCCCCCACCCCUAUGCCUGUCUCGGAGACCUCUUCACUGGACGCCUUGGCCCUCCUCUCACCCCAGGUCUCCCCUGCUGCAUACCAGCUCUCGGAGCUCACAUCAGACGGUAGCCCUAUGGAGGGCCCCAGCCCGACCCCAGACUCCAACCCGUCACUGGAGGGCCAGGGGGAGUCCCCAGGGGCACCAGGAGGGGAAGAGGAGACCAGGCAGGGCAAAAAGAGCCCCCCCACCAAGCAGCACCUCCACUGUCCCAUGUGCAAAAUCACAGUCAACUCCUCAUCCCAGCUAGAAGCCCAUUAUAGCGGCUCCAAACACAAGCAGAUGCUGGAGGGCCAGACGGGUGCUCAGGCACGACGCCGAGGCAAGGUAAUGUCAUUGCCUAGGCCGACAUGCAGGAGCAAGCAGGCAAUCAGCAGCAAGGCCAGGGUGGGCGUGGCCCUGGCUAGCCAACCGUUCCACUGCGAGAUGUGCGAGGUGUCCGUCAACUCGGAGACGCAGCUCAAACAGCACAUGAGCAGCAGAAGACACAAAGACCGGUUGUCAGGAAACCCCCAGAAACCGAAGUUCAGCCCUUAUACUAAGAGCCAGCCAAACCCUGUUUUAGCAAGCGUGAGAUGGAGUGGUUUCCCGUUUGGGGGGGUGACCUCGGCCAUAGGGAAAUUGGCCAGCCACUGCCACCUCAGCACUUACAGCCCUCAGACCAAACUGGCCCUGCAGAAGCAGCUGUCCAAGGCCCUGUCGGCAGGUUUCCUGGCCAGCCACAUGAACCCGGCCACCCUUUGCACCAUGGCCUCCAAUCCCCUGACCCUGCGGGGCCCCCCGGGGCCCGGCCACACACCCCUCAUCCAGACCCCCCUGCUCAGCCCCGCGCUCUUCAGGCCCGCCCCGGGGCCCCUGAGGGCCACUCAUACGCCCAUCAUCUUCUCGCCGUACUAGCCGAGUUUGGACAAGCCUGGAUCAAAUUGACCUAGGCUGGACAAGCCAAGCUUGGACUAGCCUUGAUCAAAUUGGCAUACAUUUACAUUUUAGUAGAGCAAACGAUCUAGCCCAGCCAUUCUAGAUGAAAAAUAAGGACCUAAGUGGAGCUACUCUGAGGCCCUGUCCAGAAACAGCCUUGGCACUUGUGUACAGUACUGUAUAUCAUUUUAUACUGUAUAAAAUGAUUAGAUAGGUACUGUAUGUGAGCAAUAUGGUUGGAGCUCAACUUUAACUUCUAAUAGGCUGGAAUGUUCACCCUAUCGCUGAAACCCAUCAAAUCCUUUCAGAUCUUCACAAGUGUACAGAGGUUAAGGGUUGAUUUUGGACAGGGCCUAAAACAUUUCUAUGCAGCCAAUGAGAGCAGAGCAGCGUGCCACCAAGUCCAACAUGCAAAACCGCUUACUGGCUACGGUGCUACACACUGGAGAACCAGUGAUGGCCGUGGCGUUUCAGCCACAAAAUUGUUGCCCCUCUCUCCCGUUGGCUCUCUGAAAACUGUCGACUGCAUGCUCCAACUUGGUCUGGAGGACCCUCUUUGAAGCCAUAGCGACAAACGAUCAAGUUUUAUUUGUUUUGUGCUAUUUAUUAGAUGACGAUAGAGUAGGCCUAUAUUUAUGUCAUGUAUAGUGUCCGUUGCCGAUGUCCCCUCGCUUUAGGAUUUUCCAAACAGUUUCACUCUGGGAGUAGGCCUACACUGUCAGAUUUCCCUUGUCCAGUAUUAGUCUAUCACCUUUUGUCAAGGAUACUGUUUUAUUUGUGUUGUGCUUUCUGCUAAGGUACUUUUCAACUAACACUUUCAUUGAAACCCGGUAUUAAAUCCCAAAAGAGCAAACCUAGCUAGGUAGAGCCUCCACUGGCCGGCACUCAAUGUCUGUCUGUCUGUCUGUCUGUCUGUCUGUCUGUCUGUCUGUCUGUCUGUCUGUCUGUCUGUCUGUCUGUCUGUCUGUCUGUCUGUCUGUCUGUCUGUCUGUCUGUCUGUCUGUCUGUCUCUGUUCUGUCUCUGUCUCUGUCUCUGUCUCUGUGUUUUCUAAAGCCUUGUUGAUGUUGGCCAACCUAAAUAAACAGGUUUGGUUUGCUAGGUUGCAGCCGGGAUCCACCGCAUUCACGGUAAAUGCUGCAUACUGUAUGUCGGCUCAAUCGGAAAGGACUUUCAAAUGUCAGUUCGCUAUAACGCGGAUCUACCUAAUCGGUUUGAAUCCUGGCCUUGGUCUGGGAACAUGAUGCACGAUGCCAAUGUGAGACCCUGAGUCCCAGCAACCACAGACCCAUCAGACAACACAUUAUUAGUAAUUCUGUGUGGCUCAGGCAACGGCAUGGUCAUGUGUUCAAUUCUCGCAGGGAACACAUACACGUACUAAAGAAUGUAUGCACUCACUGUACUUCAAGUCGCUCUGGAUAAAUGAUGUAUACCAUGCUCUCAGCAUUUGACAGAGAAAGAUACGUCAAUGUAGCUGGUCCCAGAUCUGUAUAUGCUUUCAAGAUAUUCAGAGGAGCUGGCUCAAGCAGAUCUGAAGUCAGGCUAACAUUGAUGGGUAUUAGAAGGUAUCGAUGAGGUAAGGGUCACGCUCUCUCGUGCUCUUUAUUUUCCCUCUUUCUCCCUUUCUUCCCUGUGUAAAAAGCAGUAUCAGUACAGCCACAAUCAGCCCCCCACUCAAACCUGAUGGAGAAUAUUUUACUUCAGGGAAACAGGAAUAAAGAGACAGAGAGAAGGGGGAGGGAGAGAGAGAGUGAGAGAAGCCUGCGUUCAAAACACCCAUAAUCUGGGGCUUAUUCAGGAGGGCGCAACGUCACAGAACAUUUAGCAUUUAGCAUAGAAGUACAGUACCAGUCAAAAGUUUGGACACACCUACUCAUUCAAAGGUUUUUUUAAAUUUGUACUAUUUUCUACAUUGUAGAAUAAUAGUGAAGACAUCAACACUAUGAAAUAACACAUAUGCAAUCAUGUAGUAACCAAAAAAGUGUUAAACAAAUAAAAUAUAUUUUAGAUUCUUCUAAGUAGCCACCC